UUCUUAUGAAAUCAAUAUUGCUGAUAGCAUUGAUUGCAGUAGCUUUCACAGCUAGAGUGUAAGAGAGAAAUCUUGCAAAAAUAACAACAGACCUCAAGAAGAGCACAUAUGGAAAUGCCUUACUUCACUUAGUAGAACUCCAUUCAAUGGCUGGUGGACCUGUUUAAGAGUUGAUUGAUGCUAUUGAAGAGCUUAUCAACGAUCUUGAAGAUGAAUUAGAAGAAUUGGAAUUCAAUUUCUAAGUAAGAACAAAUGAACACAAUGCAUUAGUGGUUAGCCUUGAAUAAGAUAUCUAAGACGCUGUAAUAGGUAAUUUUAUUUACAUUAAUUUGUCUAGAUGUUAACAAUACAUAAGACACUUUAGAUAAUUUAUUAUUCCCAAGAAGAGAAUAACUCUAAGUUAGAAUUGAAUAAAUCUAAGAAAACUAAGAAGCCAAUAGAUAGAAUUAUGAUGAAGCAGUUCUAGUAAGAGAAUAAGAACAUGAAGAUUUUGAAUUCUAAGUUGCUGAAUUAAAUGAUGCAACUGCUGCAGUUGAUGAUGCUCUUGCUCUUCUUUAAACACUUACAAAUCCAUCGUUAUUAUAAGUCAAGAGAUUCUAAAAUUCUUUAAAGAAUAUUGAAUCAAAGAUCAAAUCUAGAUCUAAGAUGGCACCAAUGAUUAAAGCUCUUAUUUCAUUAGCUUCAAAUUAAAACUUUUCAGAUUAAGGAAUCAUUGGUUAAAUUGUUGAUGCUCUUAAUGAAUUUAGAAAUGCUAUUGUUGAUUCAAUCAAUGCUUAAACAGCUGCUGAAGCUUAAGCAUAAGAAGAUCAUGAAGAAUAUCUUGAAUAAUUAGAUGCUGAAUUUGCUGAAUUCUAAAGAUAAAUUAAUAGAGUCACUGUUGAUUUAACAGCCACUAAUGGUAUUUAUUGUAUUAUUAUCAUCUUUAGAAAAAAUCGAUUAAAUGACUGAAUUCAGAGAUUAAAGAGAUGCAGACAGAAAAUAAUACACUGCUGAACUUGAAUUAGAAAAUAACACCUAUGCUGAAGAAACCGAUACCUAUACCAACUUAAAGAAUGAAUUCACCAGAGAACUUGGAAUCAGUGAAUAAGCUUUGUCUGUUGUCAACAGUGCUGAUUUCAAAAACAUCUAAGUUUGAUAAGAUUGAAUUAUUCAGGUUUCUUCUUAAUCAUGCACAAAU